CCGAGUCCGUCUUUGGAUCCCUCUUUCUUUGUCUCUCCCAGGCCGGGGUGGCUGGCGCAGUCGGCCGGCCCCGGAGGUCGGCGCGGGUGGCCGGAGACACACAGCCACAAUUGCGAAGAGCCUCGGGCCUCAUUACCCAGCUGCAGCCCAGGAGGCACACGGUUAAUACCACCGAGUUCGGGCCGCCGUCCUCGGCUUAGAGUAGCCCCUGGGCCGCACGCUGCCGCCCGCGGGCCACCGAGCUCCCGCCGACGCGGGCGACCCCCACAGGCGCGCAGCUCCUCCAAGGUCCUAGAGCGGCUCCGUGCGGCCCCGCGCUUCCGCUUCCCGUCCCCGCCCCCGGCGGCCGCCCCCGGGACGGCUGGGUCCGAGCCCCCUCCUGGCUUGGCGCGGAGCCCGCAUCCCGGAGCCGCUGGCGGCUCGGGCACCCGCACUCCGCUGAGGAGCUCCGGAGGGCGCCGGGGUGGCGGAGCCGGCGUCCGCCGGCAAGGGCGGCGUGCCGGCGAUGGAGCGCGCGGUAGAGCCCUGGGGCCCGGAUCUCCACGGCCAGGAGGAGAGGGAGCCGGUGAGAGGCGCCCGCACAGGUCUAGGGAGUGAGAACGUGAUUUCCCAGCCGAAUGAGUUCGAACAUACCCCACAGGAAGAUGGCUUGGGGUUCAAGGAAGAAGAAGAUUUGGCCCCAGAUCAUGAAGUAGGAAAUGCCUCUCUCAAACCUGAAGGCAUCCAGAACUGGGAUGACUUAUGGGUCCAGAGAGAGGGUCUAGGAAAGCCUCAGCCUCAGGACAGAGGCCCCCGGCUCCUGGGGGAACCACGCUGGGGCCAGGCUAGUAGUGAUCGGGCCGCUGUGUGUGGUGAGUGUGGCAAGAGCUUCAGGCAGAUGUCAGAUCUGGUGAAACACCAGCGGACCCACACGGGGGAGAAACCCUACAAGUGUGGGGUCUGUGGCAAGGGCUUUGGGGAUAGCUCUGCCCGGAUCAAACACCAGCGGACUCAUAGUGGGGAGAAGCCCUAUAGAGCCCGACCACCAGCCCAGGGUCCCCCAAAGAUUCCUCGGUCCCGGAUCCCUGCUGGUGAGCGCCCCACUAUCUGUGGUGAAUGUGGCAAGAGCUUCCGGCAGAGUUCUGACCUGGUGAAACACCAGCGGACACACACUGGUGAGAAGCCCUACAAGUGUGGCAUAUGUGGCAAGGGCUUUGGUGACAGUUCCGCCCGCAUCAAGCACCAGCGGACACACCGGGGGGAGCAGCCCCCCCGACCAGUGGUGCCCCGACGGCAGCCAUCUCGGGCAGCCACAGCAGCUACCCAGGGACCGAAGGCCCAGGACAAGCCAUAUAUCUGCACUGAUUGCGGCAAAAGGUUUGUGCUCAGCUGCAGCCUCCUGAGUCACCAGCGCAGUCACUUGGGGCCCAAGCCCUUUGGCUGUGAUGUGUGUGGAAAGGAGUUUGCCCGGGGAUCCGACCUGGUGAAGCACCUGCGGGUACACACGGGUGAGAAGCCCUACCUCUGCCCAGAGUGCGGCAAGGGUUUCGCGGACAGCUCCGCCCGAGUCAAACACCUCCGCACCCACAGUGGCGAGAGGCCCCAUGCCUGCCCGGAAUGCGACCGUACCUUCAGCCUCAGCUCUACCCUUCUUCGCCACCGCCUCACUCACAUGGAGCCCCAGGACUUCAGCUUCCCAGGCUAUCCCCUACCUGCUCUGAUCCCCAGCCCACCCCCACCUCCUCUGGGCACCAGCCCCCCGCUGACACCUCGAAGUCCCUCACACUCUGGUGAGCCUUUUGGCCUGCCUGGCUUGGAGCCGGAGCCUGGGGGCCCACAGGCCGGGGAGCCACCCCCACCACUGGCGGGCGACAAGCCCCACAAGUGCCCUGAGUGUGGCAAGGGCUUCCGCCGAAGCUCUGACCUGGUGAAACACCAUCGCGUGCACACAGGGGAGAAACCCUACCUCUGUCCUGAAUGCGGCAAGGGUUUUGCUGACAGCUCAGCCCGAGUCAAGCACCUCCGCACCCACCGUGGUGAACGGGCCCGGCCACCACCACCAUCCACUCUCCUGCGGCCACAUAACCCACCUGGCCCAGUACCCACAGCCCCUCGACCCCGAGUUCGGGCCCAGCCUUCUGGACCCAGCCAGCCCCACGUGUGUGGCUUCUGUGGGAAGGAGUUCCCCCGAAGCUCAGAUCUGGUCAAACACAGGCGUACACACACAGGGGAGAAGCCAUACAAGUGUGCAGAGUGUGGCAAGGGUUUUGGUGACAGUUCUGCCCGCAUCAAGCACCAACGUGGGCACCUGGUCCUGAGGCCCUUUGGGAUAGGGGAUGGUAGGGCAAGGCCCCUCAAGCAGGAGGCACCAACAGGACUGGAAUGACAGGUCCAGGGAGGGUGGAGGCCCAGGAGACCAAAGGGAGGGGCUCUGCUGCUUAGCAAAGAAAGGGCCUGGGAGGUGGUGGGAGGGAGAAGGAAGGGAAGAAAGGGGAGGAAGGAGAAUAGAUAGAAAUAGGGAUUGGAGAGAGUAACCUUGAAGCUCAGGAAACUGUCCUGGCUGGGCCCAGUCAGGAUCUUGCCAGGACGGGCUAUACCCCUGGCUUCUAGAAGACUGCCUAGCACACAGUAGGCAUUCGAUACUUGUUGAAUAAAUAAACUGGCUUUCACCUGAGGACUCAA